UCCUUGUUAAGCCCGAACAAAGAGCAUGGGUUUUCUUAGGCAUGUUUUCUCCUGUGUGUGCCCCAGGGAGGAUGGUGGAAUUUCCAGGUUACAGUCUCUCCGGUGUGCUUGCCUCCUACUUCUUCCUCCUGCUGACCGUGAAGCAUCAAGAGAAACUGCAGACUGAGAGGGCUUCCCUAAAAGUGAUUGGACCUUCCCAGCCCAUCCUUGUCCAAGUAGGAGAAGACAUUCAGCUGACCCGUUACCUGUCCCCCAAGACUAAUGCCCAGAGCACGGAGGUGAGGUGGCUCCGAUCCCUUCGGUACCCCGCAGUUCAUGUGCAUAUGGAUGGGGACCACGUGGCUGGAGAACAGAUGUCAGAAUACAGAGGGAGGACUUCACUGGUGAGCAACACCAUCCACGAGGGGAGGCUCACCCCGCAGAUCCACAAGGCCAGAACCCCCGAUGAUGGGCAGUACCGGUGCCUGUUUGAAGAAGACGGCGUCUACCAAGAGGCCAGCUUGGAUGGGAGGGUGGCAGGGAAGGAUUCUAUGUUUUGGAUCCAACACCCAGGGGCAGAGGAUGGAGCGAAACAGCUGCUGUGCACUUCUGACGGUUGGUUCCCACCUCCCCACGUGCAGUGGAGGGACCCAGGAGGAAGGACGAUGCCGUGGGGUUCAGCAGCCCUGCGUCAGGGCAGCCGUGGGCCGUUCCACGUGGAGUCGCUCCUACUGGUCACAGGCUGCUCUGUGGCGAGCGUGACUUGCUCCAUCAGCAACCCCCCUGGGUGAGGAGAAAAGACGGCAGCCUCUUCUCUCUCAGAGUCCAAGAUGAGUUUUUCGUGGAAGAUACUGCCUAUUUAGGGGUUGCUUCUUGCUGUGACCAUUGGCCUGACCAGGAGGAGGAGCUAUAAAAAAGUGAAUGUGACUCUGGAUGCUGCCACAGCUCACCUGAAAUCGGCUCUCCUGCAGGAGCACAAGAGCAUAACCCGUGAACACUCAGUCAGCCAGCUGUCCCGCCGAGAGCUGACGGCCUUCUCUGUACACCGGGCUGGGAGAGGCUUAUGUCAGCGAGGUGGGACGACAGCUGGACGUCAGGGAUGAGAGAGAAUGGGCUCUGGGCAUUGAGGACAAUGUCUUGAGGAAGAAAGUCAUUUACAUGAGUUGCUAUGGAAAUGAAUACUGAGCCAUCAGAUCUCCUCCAAACCUCUCCCUAAGGUGGCCCCUGGUCAUCAGUCUCCCUUACUGUGACUCGGGAUCCUUCUCCCUUGUAACCUGACCAAGUGCCCUCUCUUCACCUCCCCCAAAGCUUUCUUCUCUGAGAAUUUGCACCCCCUUUUCACUUACUGCU